AUGGUUGAAGGUGUUCUCGUUGGCAAAUAUUUACCUCAUGAAGAACAAUUGAAACUUAUAUCGAACUUGGUUCAGGAUGACAAUUUAGACGAGGUUCUGGAGUUGAUUGAAACUUCUUCAUUGGAUAUAUCGUUGUACAGUAACAUUGAAACCUUAAUCUUUGAAAAAAUCACCGAACAGGUUAUCAAGUACGCCGCAAUGGGUGAUGAAACAAAGGAAAUGUUUUGUUCUUCGAAGAGUGAAAUGAACAGCACGGUAAGAACAUCUGCACAUCUACUGUGUUAUUUACCUAGUGUAUGGAAACGAUUUCAAGUAUGGAUGAGCUACCGAUUAAAUGAAAUUAUUAGCGAAAACCAUAAACAUCUUUUUGGUAACAAUUUUGGAAAGAUAGCUGCACAACCUUUUUUCGAUCAUUUUGCUGAGGGAAAAAACGUUAAUAUCCAGCAUGAAAAAUUUAGCUUGAGUAUUCUUAGCUUGUUGGACUACUUAGAAGUUGUAUAUUUAUUUGACGAAGAUGAAAAUAGCGUAUCUACCGAAAGCUUAGAUUUUAUCAUAAUUCCAUUAUUAGGUUGUAACUCAGAAGAUAUUGCAGAAUCCUGUUCUAAAUUAAUGAGAUGGCACAUUAAAACUUUAUCGAAAUGCUGCAAUUCUGAUAGAAACUUCGAUAAGCUUGUUUGGAAUUUUAUUAAACAGUUGUACGCUGAAGACUCUCAGCACUCCUGGAAGCAAAAGAACAGCUUGUCCUUUCUUCUAAGGUUCCUCUUAACAUCUGAAUUAUCCCCUGAACUUUUUGCUUAUAUUCAGACCGACAUUUAUUGGGAACAUAUUCAAACAGAACUGGAUAAUGAUGUGCAUGAACACAGAAAAUUGGCGCUCUCAAUCCUUAAAUUAACAAUUCAAAAACUAUCAGGUCACACCACAGAAAUAAGAACAACAUUUUUUACAUAUCAUGUCAUCCCCAGCGCCGAAACGCUCAGUAGUUGGAAGAAAUUCACUACGCUAUAUGAAAUGAUCGCAUUAGAUACAUCAUUGAAUCAAAUUCAAGCGGCCAAACAAGAUAUUAUUAAUUUUUUUGACAAUGUUCAUUUACAUCAUAGCUGGGCGCUUAUCCUACUUUCUACAGGGUUGAAGUCAUCAAUGGAGAGCGUUAGAAAAUACAUGAUGACUUUAAUGUUCUUAAUUACUAAUAUGUCGGUGUUUUCUUCUAAUAUACCUUUAUUAACGAAAACUAUUUUGCCUGCCGCAAUGGCUGCUCAUUUUUUUGACGUCAAAGGUAGUAAUUGUCCUCAUGGUGAAAAACUUUCAUUAUUUGCCAAAAACUUGCUUUCCCAAACAAUUGAUGACUUGCCUCAUUUAUUAUCGGAAAUUUUGAGGUUAUUGAUCGAAAAAGGAACUUCUUUUGAUCCCUCUAGAAUAUAUUUGUCCUACGGUAUUUUGAAAUUUUUCCAGGACGAAAAAACCAAAAUAAUCAAUUCAGAACAUUUGAGUUUGAUCAGAAAAUUGUAUGAAUUUGUAGCUGAAGAAAAAGUUCUUGAAACUACCAUUCAGACUAUUUACUUGAAAUUUUUACUAUACAUCGACUCAUCCGUUACAGCAUCUGAAUUAUUGAUUACGUUGGUAUCGCAUAUCAAGUUAAAUGGAGGGACAUACGAGUAUGCUGAGCCUCUUUUUGAAGAUUACAGAGAUCUUGCUGUUUCCCACUUUGACAAACUUCAAGCUGAAGAAGAUCUCAAGUUGAACAUUGGAAAGGACACUAUCUUUGACCUCUUAGCAUUUGUCAUAUUCAAUUUCAAUGAUGUUGAUAUUACUCCUGAUUUCAUAAUUGAAGCCGCAAAAUCGAAACAAGAUAUUCUUGAGCACACUUCAAAGGCAGUGACUUUCUUGACUGAAAUGCUUUCAGGUAAACCUUCGGAUGAGUAUAGCUAUGAAAAUGCAACAGCUCUAUUGUCUUACCCCAAAUUUACAAUAUCCACGUGGAAAUCAGUAAAUGUCAAUAAUUUAUUAAAGUCAGUAAUGGAAGAAUUUUCCAUUGAUAAGUUCAAAUUUUUUGUUGGAAUUUACAACAAGACUUAUGAAUGCAGGUUUGAUACAGUCGAACUAAACUUUAAUGGGCUUAUGAACAUAUACGAAAUGAUCAAAAUGUCUGUUAAUGGAAGUUCUAAGGAGAGCUUUAAAGUGAAGGAUAGUGUAUAUUCUUCUUACUUUGAUCUUUUGAAUAUUUUUCUAAAAACAUACGCUUUAAAUCGUGACAAUCUCAAUAGGAGAAAUGAUGAGCUCCAUAUGUUGCUGCAUUUAAUUGACAGAAAUAUCAAUAAAGAUAACGGAAAUUAUUCGGGAAAUCUAAAAAUUUGUAAUUUACUCUACUUUAUCAUAGACUCCUAUGUUCGUUGCUCCCCUCUUGCCUCUGAUGAUGAUAUUUUUAUCGUCAAGUUCAUUUUCGAGAAAUUCUCGUUCAUAUGGGAAAAUAUCAAUAGUGAGAGAUUGGUUUUAAAAGAAAGAGAUCUUCAAUUGGUGCUAAUUAAGGGAUUGUUUCAUCCGGCUAUUCUGUAUUUUGGGUCAAAACGGUAUAUUGAUAAUCUAACUUCAAAGUUGGGGGAACAUGCACAAACGAUUAUAUCAUCGAGUUACUCCAGAAGAAGCCUACUGCCGCUGCUUGGGUCACAACUCAGAACAUUUAUGAGGUUGCAUGGGGGGUCAUUAAGUGGAGAUUCCGACUAUUGGUGGUUGAUUAACAUCAUGAUAAAUGCUUUCAAACAACCGCAAAUGGAUGUUAACCUUUUCAAGCUAAAACCUGUUAUUUCGGACUUAUUUGACCAUAAACUUAAUAAAUUUUACAUCAAAGGCGAUGAACUGUAUGAGAAAGUGUACGGACCUGACGAAAUAUUGGCUAGAGUAUCUAUUAUUGAUUCUAUUUUAUAUGCGAAUAAUCAGUUCAAAGUCCAAUUAAUCGAGAAAGUAACUGAAAGGACAAAUACUCUUUAUGCUAUAAAGAGGACAGACGGUGCUGAAGCUUUACAGCGUUUGUUACAAUGGCAAUUAUUAUUGCUAUCACUACAAACUACCAACGAAGGAAAAUUAGACGAAACCAGCAUGAUUGCAAUUUUAAAGAGUAUUGAAGACGAAAGUUCUCCACUAGUAAGAGUAUACAAAGAAUGGUUUAUCGCUUUAAAGGUGGUCGACUAUUAUAAAACUGGUGAUUCGAAAUUUGCUGAAGACUAUCUUUUCUCGUUGCUAGAAGAUCAUAGUAAACCAGUGUAUGUCGUUAGUGCAGAGAAGAUAUGUUUCAUGGUUUUGAAGGGUUUAAGGAAUGAUGAAAAGAAAUAUGGAUUCAAUCAGCUAUUGGAAAAGUUCAUUUGCACAUUAGUUCCUAACGCAGCUUCAAACAAGCCCCUUGUAAGACAUUUUUCUAAUUCUUUGAUAAUUUCAUUGUGGCCGACAUUCGAAAUCUAUCUAUCAGAUCACACAUUGAGAUGCAUAAUUGAAAACUUGUACUUUAAUGCCAAAAAGACCCAAAUAUUUGGUCAGUAUCGUGCCGGGGAUGCCAAUAUAUGGGACUUGAAAGAUGACAGAAAACUAACGAACAUGUUUGGUGGCGUGCUAAGAAAAGUUACCGACCAUGAUUGUCCCUACAUUUCUGAAUCAGUUUUUGACAAGUAUUUACAAGCCAAGGAUAUCGUGCCUAUAGGGAUCGAUGAAAAAUCCUUAUGGCUUGAUAAAAGAGACGUCAGCAUAGAAUCUGAAAACAGCGUGAGUCCCAUCUGUGACACUUCUCCAUUACAGACAAAAAGUGGUGCUUGGGAAACUGUGCUUGAUUUGGACAAAAAAAAAUCUAACGAUGUCGUUAGACGCUCAGAUUUAAUUGUCGUUUCAUCAUUAGUAGAUAAACCACCAAAUCUUGGAGGGAUUUGCAGAUUAUGUGAUGUUUUGGGGGCUGGACUGUUGACCGUACAAGAUAUCAAAGUUAAAAACCACCCUCAAUUUAAAAAUGUUGCUGUGACUGCUGAUAGGUGGAUGCCCAUGGAGGAAGUUGCCUUAGAAAACAUUGCAAGUUUCAUGAAAGAGAAAAAAAAAGAAGGUUAUACGUUAAUCGGGUUAGAGCAAACAGAUAAAUCAGUGAAACUUGACAACAACUUCCAAUUCCCAAAAAAAUCUUUGAUUUUGUUAGGCACGGAAGCAUUCGGUAUCCCGGGACCCUUGUUGAGUGAACUGGAUUUAUGUUUAGAGAUUCAACAGUUUGGUGUAAUUAGGUCAAUGAAUAUCCAAACUGCAACAGCAGUUAUUGUUCAUUCCUACACAGUCCAACAUAUGUAA